UUCCGUCUCUGAAGCCAAGUCUACACCAUCAAAGGACUCCCAAAGGCCAUCGCAGGAGCAGAGAAAUCAUCUCCCAUGCGUUGCAGGAGCAGAGGAGACCACCCCCAAAGUCAUCGGCGUCGCCUCCACGGACAGGGUAGACAGAUCGCCGCCGCCGCCACUGUCUUCUCCCUACGCCUCGCCUCCGCCGGCUACCGAGGUCGCGGCCGUAGAUAUUCCGUCGCCGCCGCCCUAUUUUGGGCUAGGCCGCCCUAUUUCAGAUAUGGGGGUUGUUGGGCCUGCUGGAGCUCGGGCGAGACAGGGAGGUGGUAGUUUGAGUUGCUGUGAAUCGCUGGGGUCACGUUGCGGCGGCGGCGUAGUGGUGGAGUGCGACAGUUGCGUGGCGGCGGCGUGGAAACUGACCGGAGGGCCUUGAUCAGAGUACCUUGUAUGUAACUGUGAAUUUUUCACUACGGAGAUGUAACCGCGGACUUGUCACUAUAAUUGGGUCACUGUGGUGGUUAUGACAGAUUGACGGUGGUGACGAGCUAUAGGUCUAGGGUUCGGGUUGAGGAUUGGGGGUGAGGUCGGUGCCUGGUGGUGGUGGACAUCGGCCAGUGGUCGGCGGCGUAACUGUGGAUGGAGUAACUGUGGCCGGAGUUGUUGUGACCGAUGUCACUGUGGAAGUAUCACUAUGGACAUGUCACUGUGGAACCGUAACUGUGACCGGCAACAAUUAACGGUCGGCGGCGAUCCCUGACCAGUGGCGGGUUGGUGUCACUGCGGCGGAUGUCACUUUGGGGGUUUAAUUGUGGCGGGUCAUGUAACUAUAAGACAAAGUAACUACGAAUUAGGGAUAAUUAUUCGAUAGAGUAAUGGAGUGAAUAUACCAAUUUCGAUAUAAUUCAACUUGGAGAAGUUUACAUUUGAUGCCUACUUGGAAGGGGAGUGCAAAUAUCCACCUCAAAUUUACUCCGUUGAAAAAUGAGUACAACAAAGGGACAUAGCGGGCAGCUUGGGCCCAUCUGCACGGGAGGCCAAUAGCUUUCGUUGGAAGAAAAAGUCAAUUUAUACAUAAAUUGAAGCACUUGUAAAAAGAGAACAAGUUUCCGGUCCAAAUCUUGGAUGGCAGUUGAACCCGAUAUCUCUUGUUUGUGGCAUCAUCUUCCCACCAUGUGAGCUACACGGCUACAUGAACCAGCUUAAAUUUUGUGGAAAAAGAUUGAGAUUUAAAUUCAGAUUUUUUUGAAGUUAAAUUUGAGACAUCUCCCUUGUGACACUCUCUAGUUUUCUUCGUUAUAUAAGCUACGGCCCCAACAAAAAAGUCGGUAAUAUGACGCUUGAUCAUUUUGACACUCUUUAAUAAAAAAAAUAAGACAUAAUGAUUGGCUGAACAUAUACUAUCGUAUAUAGUUAAAGUAACUUUUUCCUUUGUUUCCAAAAGUUCUUGAUUUGAAAAAACUAUACAAACUCUUCAUUUCUC